AUGUCCAUUUACCCAUUGCGUCCACCAGUAGUUACAAUAAUGGGACACGUGGAUCAUGGCAAGACAACCUUGCUCGACUCGUUGAGAAAGACUUCGGUUGCAGCUGGAGAAGCAGGAGGAAUUACGCAGCACAUUGGAGCGUUUAGCGUAACCCUUCCAUCAAAGAAAACAAUCACUUUUCUUGAUACACCGGGACAUGCUGCAUUUACAGCAAUGCGGGCACGAGGAGCCCAUGUAACUGAUAUUGUGGUCUUGGUUGUUGCUGCUGAUGAUGGCGUCAAGCCGCAGACCGUCGAGGCAAUUCAACACGCUAAAGAUGCGAAUGUACCUCUUAUUGUGGCAAUAAACAAGAUUGAUAAGCACGACGCGAAUUUGGAUAUCGUACGUCAGGGUUUGUUAACGCAUGAAGUCUUUCUCGAAGAAGACGGCGGGGAAACGCAGUCAAUCCAAGUCUCAGCUUUGAAGGGUAAAGGCCUAGACGAUUUGGAGGAGGCUAUAGUAACCCUUGCGGAAAUGUUGGAUAUUCGUGCAGAAGUAGACAUAGGUUGUGAAGGUUACGUUAUUGAAUCGCAAGUCGAAAGAGGCAGAGGAAAUGUGGCAACAGUGUUGGUAAAACGAGGAACUUUAAAAGUAGGAAGCAUUAUUGUGGCCGGAAGAAGUUGGUGUAAAGUUAGAAAUAUGGUUGAUGAGAACGGGAAGACGAUGAAACAGGUAUUACCCGGAACUCCGAUUAAGGUUAUCGGAUGGAAGGAGUUGCCCAAUGCCGGAGAUGAAGUUUUAGAAGCUGGAAAUGAGGAUCUCGCCAAAAAAGUAACCGAAAACCGCACAUUAAAGCAUACACGAGAACAACAGGUCAAAGACCUCGAAAUAAUUAAUGAAAAGCGCAGACAACGUAAAGAAGAGAUACACGAAGAACGUAGCCAGAUGAGAGACAUGAAGAGAGCAGUUUGGAUGUAUUAUCAAGGACUUUUACCUGAAUAUCCUUCGAGACCUCCGCCUGUUGCUAAGCCAGCUGACGAAGAUGAGAAACAAGUGAAACGCUUGUGUGCUGUUGUCAAAGGCGAUGUGAGUGGUACAGUCGAGGCUGUUGUCAAUGCAUUGGAUGAAGUCGGGAACAAUGAAAUACGCGUAGAUGUGAUCGACUUCGGUGUUGGAGAUGUCACAGAGUCAGAUAUACAAAUGGCAGCGGCAGCAGAGGGGGGAAUAAUCAUCGGUUUUAAUGUAAAGGCGGGUAAAAGGAUCCAAUCAGAAGCCAGUAAAUUAAAGGUCGAUAUCUUAACUUUCAAUAUAAUAUACAAACUCCUUGAAGAGGUGAAAUCACGUCUCACCAGUAUGCUUCCGCCUAUCAUUGAAACACACGUUACGGGUGAAGCAACAAUUCUACAAGUAUUCCAAAUUACUGUUAAAGGUAAACAACAGAAACCGAUAGCUGGAUGCAGGGUGACCAAUGGGACUAUACUUAGAAAUCAAAGAGUGCGGAUUAUGCGAGGAAAUCAAAUGAUUUGGGAAGGUGCACUAGAGUCUCUGAAACAAGUGAAAAAAGAUAUGACUGAAGUUAAGAAGGGGAUGGAAUGUGGGAUGGGAUUUGAUUGUAGUUUCGAGUUUCAAGAAGGCGAUCUAAUUCAGAGUAUCGUUACAAAAGAGAUAUCGCGUUCUUUGUGA